GAUCAGCGAAGUGCAGGGUUAUUACAAGCUCAGCGUCUCUUUUCUGGGCUCCAGCCGAGCCUACUAUUUUCCGAGCUUUGUGAGCCUAACGGAGCAGUAGUCUCCCUCUCUUCGCAUUUCCCCCUAGGCCCCCAGGAGGAGCGCUAGAUGUGCAAUCAAACUUAGAAUCGGACGCGCUAUUGAUAGUCCUAUCAGAAUCCGACUUAGAAGCGCGACUAAUAGUCUGACCACAGCCAUGGCUGCAGAAGGGCCGUCGAUGGCUGCAGAGCCAGCAGCGGAAGGAGCGGCGGGAGGAACGGCGACAGGAACAGAGGAAGCGGGUGUUAUCUUCGUCCUUGAGAAAGCGUCGCUAGAAGUCGCCAAAGUCGGAAAGACGUACGUGCUGCUCAACUGCGACGACCACGCCAACUUUCUUCGCAAGCACGGCAAGGAUCCCGCGCUCUUCCGCCCGGACAUCUGCCACCAGGCGCUCCUAGCAAUCCUGGACAGCCCAGUGAAUAAGGCAGGACGCCUCAAAGCCCUAUACGUGGCCACCAACCGCAACACGCUCAUUCAAGUCAACCCCCACAUCCGCAUCCCCCGCACCUUCCGACGCUUCUGCGGGCUCAUGGUUCAACUACUUCAGAAGCUGUCCAUCCGCGCUACAAACGGGCCUGAUAAGCUCCUGAAGGUCAUCAAGCACCCUGUGACCAAGUACCUGCCCCCAGGGUGCAGACGAAUAGGCUUGGAGUACAGUGCACAGAAGGUGGUUCACUUGCGGCAGUUCUUGAAGACAACCAAGUUGGAAACACUUGUGUUUGUGGUGGGGGCCAUGGCCAGUGGUGACAUCACCAGUGACUACGUGGAUGAGAUGAUCGCUGUCUCCGAGUAUCCACUGAGUGCAGCCACGUGCUUAUCCCGCCUCUGUACAACAUUAGAGCUGAAGUGGGGCAUUUUAUAAUGUGUACAAACUCUAGAGCUAGAGGGGUAUUUUAUAAUGUGUACAAACUCUAGAGCUAGAGGGGCAUUUUGUAAUGUGUACAAACUCUAGAGUUAGAAGGGCAUUUUAUAAUGUGUACAAACUCUAGAGCUAAAGAGGGCCAUUUUAUAGUGUGUA